AUGAGCAAACGAACAGCUAUUGUAACAGGGUCGAGCAGAGGGAUUGGUGAAGCGAUUGUUCGACGACUAGCUCAAGAAGAAUACCGCGUAACGGUCAACGAUGUUGCUGCCAAUCAAGCCGGUAUCGAAAAGCUCGUCAACGAGCUGAACGAGAAACAUGGACAAGGCACUGCCAUUGGCGUUGUAGCAGACGUGACCUCGUCAGAGCAGGUCCAGAGUCUGAUCCAGCAGUCUGUGGAGAAGCUAGGCGAUCUCACGGUCUUUGUGGCCAACGCAGGAAUUGCCCAAGUCGCCCCAGUACUUGAAAUCUCAGACGAGGAUGUGCAGAAAAUGUUCAAUGUGAACUUUAUGGGUGUUUGGCUUUCCUACACUCAUGCAGCAAGGCAAAUGAUCAAGCAGGGGCCUGUGCCCGAAGGUUCAAGUGGCUACAAGAUCCUCGGUGCAGCCAGCAUCGUCGCUUUUAAACCGUUUCCGCUGCUUGCACACUACAGUGCCAGUAAAUGGGCUGUGCGAGGAUUGACACAGGUGUUUGCAAUGGAAAUGGCCAAGCACAAGAUCAAUGUCAAUGCUUAUGCGCCAGGAAUCGUGGGAACGGCCAUGUGGGAUUUGAUCGACGAGAAACUGGGCGAGACUGAGGGCAGAGCAAAAGGAGAAUCGGUCAAGAAGUAUUCGUCCGAGUUGACAGCAUUGGAAAGAGUCAGUGUGCCUGAUGAUGUGGGUGGUCCUGUGGGAGGCUUCUUGUGCUCCAAGGAUGCUGAAUUCAUCACGGGUCAAACGAUUGUCAUUGAUGGUGGCAUUGUUUUCACUUGAUCACAG